AUAUAAUAUAAUAAUUAAAUUAAAUAUGAAAAAAUUUCGGAAAAUCUGUUUAAUAAAAAACGUCUACAUGAUCCAAUUUUCAACUAUAUGUUAUCUGGAUAAGAGAAGACAAUAGUGACGUUAAUUAUUUUUGUUAAUUAUAUAUUUGCAAAACUACAUCUAAUAGAAACGAAAUUUUCGAGUGGUUGAAAAGGAUUUGAAAUACUUAUUAAUAUCAACCAUCGGCAUUGACGUCGAAUAGAUGUGCACUCAUGUAGUCGGCGCCCUUGGAUGAAAAUAAAAGUAAAUUUUAAUCAGUCAACUGACCACGGUCAACCUGUUAUAUAACACGGACCCAAGGACACGCAGACUUCCAUUGAUAACGUGCUCUGCCGGAAUCCUGCUGACACGAAAAGAUCUAUUUCAUGGAAGUGAUUAUCGUGCUUGCCCCCGAGAAAUUAGGGUCCGGUUGUUCCAAGGUCGCCCCAUGUCCGACGAUUGUAGCCCUAUUGCUUCUCUAACUCAGAAUUCGCAACGAUCUGCGCAUUUUGGGCCGAUUCCUUAAGCGACGUCCACUUUUACCCCCGCUUCCGCUCGCCGCCUGAUGGUCGAGCUCGCGAUCACGCGAGCGGCGCUCUGCCUCAGGAGCAUCCGUUAAAAAUACGCUAGUAGCGUACCUUUCGAGAAAAAUUUUUUUUUUAACUUAAUUUUUAUAAUAACAAUAAUGUACGGUAAUUAGAAUUUAGACAAUAGCUUUCUACAUCACCCUUAUGCAGUACAUAUUUUAUUUUCUUUGAUUUUUUAGUGGACUAGGCCUACUUGGGAAACCACAUAAAAAAAACGCAUCAAUAAUAGUACCUCAUGUGUGAUGUGGAAAGCUAUGUACGGUAAUUAGAAUUUAGACAAUAGCUUUCCACAUUACCCUUGAGGUACUUUAGUAGAAGGGCAUAUAUUCAACAUACUUCUGAGAUGGAAACGCCCCUGAGGCCACAGCGCUCGGGGCGCGAUCGGCAGCUCGGUACGCGGGGUAGUGUGAGGUGUGAGACUCGCCGAUCUAGACGUGACCGGCAUAUUCACCGGCAAAACCCAACUUUUCUUUGCGUCUGGUCUUGAGACGGAUCACGAGAUCGAACUAAACAUGCACCGCGAAGCCUAACCUACCCUAACCCAACGACGAUGUUUUACGUAAGCAGUAAACCUGGCUUGGCCUACGCCCUACGCGAAGUGCUCCCAAUACUUUCCUGGGAUUCGGCCGCCCAUCAAUAACCCCCAUUCCCCUUCGCUAACAACUCCGACGAAUAGGCGGAGUUGAAUAUAUGCACCGAAAAUCUGCGCAUUUUUCGCUCCAUACUUUUUGCUGUUCGUAUAUAAACAUGCCUAAAAUGUCUCCAAUCACAGUAGCUAUCGAGACAUUCUAUUCUAAGGUUGUGGCUCUUACAAUGUUAUAAUAUAAAUAUUACAUCAAUAUUAUAAUAUAAUAUUAAAUAGAUAUCUCAAAUUAUUGAAAAAUAUUUACUUAUAACUGUUGCAUUUAAAAUUUUUACAUGCACUGUUAUCUGUUUAUCUUUACUUUUCCGUUUACAUUAGUAGAAAAAAUUGCUAUUAUAUACGCGAACAUUAUUCGACAAUAUCAAAAAGUAGCUGAUAUUAUCGUGAUGACGAUAAUACACUGCUUACAGAUGUUAUUUAUUUAUACAGUUUUGUAAUUUGCAAAAAAAUUUCAUAUGUGCUAUUGUUUUUUAAUCUAUAUUUUUUCGUGUAUUGUAAUAGAAAAAAUUUCUGAUGUGUGCAUAUUUAUUUUUAACAGAACAUAAUGACGGAUCUAACAACAACGAUAAUACAUUGUUUGGCAAUGAUAAUAUCAUUUAUUUAUCAUCAGUUUCGCAAUUUGCAGAAUAUGGGAUUUAAAUACAUUUUAGGAACAUCUUACCUCGGCCUCUCCUACUUGGUUUUGAACAUCAUAAAGACCGGAAAGGUUCCCAGGCACGUAGCGUUCAUCAUGGAUGGUAACAGAUGUCGCUACGCGACGAAACGAAACAUGACAAAAAAGGAGGGACACUCAAAGGGGUUUGAUAAAAUGAUUGAAACGUUGAAUUGGUGCAUGGACCUUGGUAUUAAAGAAAUCACAGUUUAUGCGUUCAGCAUAGGCAACUUUAAUCGUAGCCAAGAGGAACUUGAUGGCCUCAUGGACCUCAGUAGGGAGAAAUUUAACAACCUCUUAAAAAAUAUAGACAUAUUGAUGGAUGCUGGAGUGUGCUUUCGUGCGUUUGGAAAUUUGUCCUUGAUCCCAGAAGAUAUAAACCAAUUAAUCGCUCAAACUGUAAUUGCCACUAAGGAUAAUAAUAAAGCAUUUUUAAAUUUUGCUGUCGCUUAUACGUCAAGGGAUGAACUUACUCAUGCAAUUACAGAUAUUGCAACGGCUGUAAAACAUAAUGAAAUCUUACCAGAAGAUAUUACCGAAGAGUUAAUAUCUGACUAUUUGUACACUUACCAAUCCUCAAAUCCAGAGUUAUUGAUACGUACGUCUGGAGAAUAUCGACUUAGCGACUUUUUAAUGUGGCAGCUUUCCAAUGCUUGCCUCUACUUUACUGAUACCUUAUGGCCUGAAUUUAACUUAUGGAGCUUGCUCGGUGCAGUCUUUUAUUAUCAAAAAUGUUAUUAUAUGUAUUAUGUAUUUAGGAAAAACUCCCUUUUCUCGUAAAACAGCAUUUUAUAGUAUUCCAACUUUAGACAGAGUAUAUGCGAGUAACAUCCGCAAACCGACCUGUUCGAACGCAUUUUGUCCAGUUUUUUUAUGUAAAAUAGUCACAAAAAUUUCCACUUACAUACUAUAUGGAUCGCAUUUGCCCUAACAAAACUUUGCUGCCGUGACGUUCGAAUUCUAGUUGAUCAAAAAAGUUGGUCAAACAUAUCAAUCGAAAGAGGAGAUUUCAAACUUUUUUUAAGUCUUGCUCCGAACCUCCUA